GAUUUGUGAUCGCUAGGUGGCGGUGGUAUCGUGUUCUUGAAUAACUUACGUAACACCGAAGAAGAGUUAACCAAGCAACGGAUGCAGGAACCGGAAACACGCUCCUAACACACGUGUGUCUACGUCCGUGGUGUGGAAACAGUCGAGUGUACUUGUAACAGUUUGUAAUUUAUCUUUCUUUAUAUAAAUAGCACACUGAAGCAGUGCACGAAGUUUUCGGGUCAACAUGAAAACCCCGGGAGAGUGUGUUACGACUGAAAUGUCAGAGCCCGAGUUAACAGAAGAGCCCGAAAGCACGCAGGACGUGGAUAAAGUUACACGGACUCGUAGCGGACGCAGGGUCCGCACGCCAGCCCUCUUGGCCGACUCUCAGGUCCCUAGUCCAGCAAAGCCCUCCACACGCAGGACGAGGAAAUCUGUUAUUUCUUUGGAUAAAGGAGAUUCGGAGGAAGGACACACCAUGACGAGUAUAUCAGAGGCGCCCGUAGGAGAGUCUACAGAUUCCCCCAUGAUGCUUGAAAACGAGUCCAAUAAAUCAGAAGGACGUAUAGAAACGGUCCCUAGUACGUUGGAAACGGCCCCCGUACACCCCGGUGAAAAGCCCCAGGAGGCGGCUCUAUUUGUCCCGGGAACGAAACAGACCACGGCAUCACAGAUACCUCUGGGGAAACCGAAAUCGGGUCGAGUAUGGAAGGACCGGAAUAAACAAAGGUUCUCUGCAGUGGUCAGGGAUAAGCCCCUGCGUACUUCUUGGGGGAAAAAGAUGGCAGCCAAACAAGAGCAGCAGUUGGUCAAAAAGUUCUCCCUUCAACUUAAACAAGACAAAGCCAAAGAGAAAGAGGACAAGAGGAAACGGACGGAGGAGACAUUGAAACGACGUGCUGAGAAUGAGCGCAAGUCAGAGAUUGUUCAAGUGAUCCGGAAUACAUCAAAGAUAAAGAGGAUGAAGAAGAAACAGCUGAGGAAAGUUGAGAAGAGGGAUACAUUGGCCAUCCUGCAGAAGACCCAAAAUGAGAAGACUAAGGGUCAGCGUAGCCGGAAAGAAAAAGUUGUUGAUAAAUAAUGCGGUAGCCAAAAAUCUGUGCUCCGUCAGUAACUUCUAUUUCAUUGAUGCUGUUCUUUUUUUGAUAAAAUGAAGCUUAUAUUUCAGUGCAUUUAUCUAAAUACAUUAAAAAAAUGCUCAAUAAGAAA